GGUGAGGAUAAAACUGAUGGUGCCGCUAGCUUUGAAGCAGAAACAAGAAAGUUGCUUUACUAAUCCAAACAACUGCAUUUUGAGUGCAAGAAAGAGGGAUUUGGUAUGUGUGACAAGUGGGAAUUCUUACUUGGAUUCUCACAUAGUGAAGGAGCUUCAGGCUCACGGUUAUCCGGUUCGUGUCACUAUCCAAAAUCAAGUGGAUUUUGAGGACAUGAGGGAGCUGAUAGGAGAUGAAAGGAUAAAUCAACUAGAAAGCGUUGUGGUAGCAAAUGUUGGAGAUGUGGACGGCCUCUGCGAUGCUUUUAGAGGUUGUCAUGCUAUUUUUCACCCCUCUUCCUUCGUUGAUCCACAUGGGGUCUCUGGUUAUUCGGUAAGAACUAAUGGUACAUUGGUACCUCUUGAGGCUGAAGGAGUAACGAAUGUCAUUGAAGCUAGUGGUAGAGCAGCAUAUGAAAAGAGAUGUAUCUUUACAUCUUCUCUUCUUUCUUCUAUCUGGAAAGGUGGCAAUGUGGAGAGGGUUGUUGAUGAGACUAGUUGGAGUGAUGAAGGGUUCUGCAGAGAAAACAAGCUUUGGCUGGCCUUGGGCAAGACUAUAGCAGAGAAAGUUGCCUGGAGGAAGUCUAAAGAAAUGAAAGUGGAGCUUGUUACUCUGUGCCCUGGAGUGAUCAUGGCCCCCUCAUUCCCAAAUGCUCACAAAGAAACCUCUGUACCAUACCUUAAAGGCGGGCAGAGCAUGCUACAACAAGGCAUCCUAGCUACUGGAGAUGUUAAAAAUGUGGCAGAGGCACAUGUCUAUGUUUACGAAGCAAUGGAUAAUGGAGCAAGCGGACGAUAUCUUUGCUUCGAAAGAGUGGUACGAAGAUUGGAAGAGGCCAUUGAACUAGAGAAUGGGUUGCACAUGCAUGGUUUGUUAUCAGGAAGGAGACAAGAAGUCUUUCCAGAAGGAAACGAAGAAAUACGUAGCAACCUUGACAACUCAAAGCUAGCUAAAUUAAUCUUACAGGCUUCUCGCCGCUCAUCUUGCAAACAAUGAAACGUAAGAGUCUGAAAGCGUUCUCUGUUAGGAAGAAAUCAUGAGAGAGAGAGAGAGAGAGAGUCUAUUAGCAGGCUUCUAAUUGCUGCAACUACUUGUAAAUUAUGUUGAAGAGUGGUGAAAUCUAUGUGCUGCAUGGGGCAAUUGAAGCAACCGCGCCAGAAGAAGUUUGUUUCUUCUCCAGAAGUUGCUCCGAUCCAAAUACUAAGCAUCAUAUAAAUGGUUCGAGAUUAUGAAUUAAAAAAAAAUAAAAUCUAUGAUA